AUGCUACGUAUACUUCCUGCAUGCAUACGCCAUCAGCUUUGUACUCUGCGGUAAGGUAGGAAUUGUUGGGAGAAAGGGCGAUUUGUUUAAGUGAAUUAGCUGGCCAAUUCACUGCAUGGACGGACGAAUCGGCCACAAGUACUUACUAAUAGUAGAAAACGGAUUAAUUUAAAUUAUUUGAGAAACAGUUAACUUCACGAGAAGAACGACAUGAAUAAACCCGACGAUGUCAUCCAGAUAACUUUUUUCAUCGUUUCUUGUUCGCUAGCUUGAAGUAGGCUAAGCUAAUUAUCGGAAAAGUUUAAUGUGAUUAGCUAGCUAGCUACCUGCACACCUUCAUGAUCAAUCAAAUGAUUCCCUGCUGAUGAGGCAUAUUGCUGCGGAGUCUUUUUCAGUUUUUCACUGAGUGUAAUCGACCGUGGGACUCAAAAUGAAGAAACAGUUCAAUCGGAUGAAACAACUGGCCAACCAAACUGUUGGAAGGGCUGAGAAAACAGAAGUUCUGAGUGAUGACCUUUUACAGAUCGAGCGACGUAUGGAAAUGGUGCGUGUGGUGUCCCACAACAUGCACAAGAGGAUGGUCUCGUGUUUGCAGGGGCACAUCGGCACUGACGGCGAAAAGAGACAUGGACAUUGGAAAUGGGCUACAAUGGCCUCUUGGCCAGACGGACCUGGAGAGCAAAUCCCAAAUUUGCCAAAGAAAAAGCUCCCGUUAUUCGCCCUCUCGCAGUCCAUGCAGGAUGGAGGUGGGCAGCUGGGGGAGGAGUCUCUUAUAGGGACAAUGAUGGAGGUCUGUGGGGAUGCUGAGAACCGGUUAGCCUCCGAGCUAAUGCAGCACGAGGUGCAAAUUGAGAAGGAUAUUUUAGACCCUCUCAAUCAGUUAGCGGAGGUGGACAUUCCCAACAUCCUGAAGCAGAGGAAGCAAUUGGCCAAGCUGGUAUUGGACUACGACUCAGCAAAAGCAAGGUGGUUGCAGGCAACCAAGUCAAUAAUCUCAGGAACAAACACUCAAGCGCUUACAGCCAAGGCUGAUUCACUCAAAGAAGAGGUGGAUGAAGCUAUGAACAAAGUUGAGCAGUGCAAGGACCAACUUGCUGCAGAUAUGUACAACUUCUCUUCAAAGGAGGGAGAUUACGCACGAUAUUAUGUGUUGCUAUUAGAAGCACAAGCAGAUUACCACCGCAGAUCACUUACCGUGCUGGAGAGCGUUCUGCCAACCAUCCAAGCACAGCAAGACUCCUGGACUGAGAAGCCCGCCUUUGGAACGGGCCUAGAUGAGCACUUAAAGAGGAGUAACCGGGAAAUCGCUCUACCCAUGGAGGCGUGUGUGAUGAUGCUGCUGGAGACAGGCAUGAAGGAGGAGGGCCUCUUCCGGAUUGCUGCUGGGGCUUCGAAGCUGAAGAAGUUGAAGGCCGCUCUGGACUGUUCCACAUCUCAGCUGGAGGAAUUCUACUCUGAUCCCCACGCUGUCGCUGGUGCUUUGAAAUCCUACCUGAGAGAACUGCCAGAGCCACUAAUGACCUACCAGCUGUAUGAUGAGUGGAUCCAAGCAUCCAAUGUAUCUGAUCCUGACAAAAGACUGCAAGCACUAUGGGUGGUGUGUGAUCAAUUACCAAAGAACCACAAAGCUAACUUAAGGUACCUGGUAAAGUUUCUUGCGAAGCUGGCUCAAGACAGUGAGAUCAACAAGAUGACCCCUAGCAAUAUAGCUAUUGUCCUGGGACCCAAUUUACUGUGGGCCAAAACUGAAGGGAGUCUGGCAGAAAUGGCUGCAGCAACUUCAGUCCAUGUGGUAACCAUCAUUGAACCCAUCAUUCAGCAUGCAGACUGGUUCUUCCCUGAUGAGGUGGACUUCAAUGUAUCAGGGAUGUUUACUAUGCCAACGCCGAUUACAAACCACGUCAACCACCUGACUACUCCAGACUACGACUGUGGCACCAUAGAAAGGAAAAGGCCGGGUAGUAUGGUGGGACCAGAUUCAGAUAUUCCUCGCAGAGACAGCGCCGCUAACAAAUUACUGGACCACAUUCCGCGUAGAGGCAAUACUCUAACUAGAAAGCAGCACGCUUCGCCUGCCUUCCAGCCCCCUCUGCCUCCAGUGGAGGUGGCGGGGGCUGCGGUGGGGCAGCCUGCCGCCGAGCUCCAACCCCAACUGCCUGUGCCGGGGGGGCAGGGCUUGGAGGCCUGCCAGCCUAGCUUGGCGCUGGGGAUAGCUGCCCUGGCGGCCGCGCAGCAGCUUCUAGUCCAGCCCUGUGAAGAGAGCAGCUCCAAGUCUAGGGAGUCUGCGUCCACACCCCCACCCCAGAGGAACGGCUCUGCAGGAUCAGGCCAGCUGAACGUGGGGGCUCCUGUGGCGGGAACCACAGGCCCCAGUCCUCAUUUGACACGCAGAGGCACCAAAAAGCCAGCCCCUGCCCCUCCGAAACCAGCCAUCCCCCCUCCAGGUCAACCGGGCCCUCAGCCAGGCCUGCAUCCCUCCCCAGGCACCCCUCAGCCCCUCCCCCACACAGGAAGACCUCUCUCCAGCCACUCUCCCACAGCGCAGACUUCCACUCUAGCGGUCACCCAAGCUGGCACGACACCUCGCCGCCACUCCAGCAACCAGCCACCCAUCCAAGCGCCCAACCACCCACCUCCGCAGCCACCCACCACACAGGGCACUCCUCCGCCUCAGGGCCAGACAGAGCCUGGGGCAGACCCCUCCCCGCCCAGCACUCCAACCCCACCCAACACUCCUCCACCGAUCACAACUCCCCAGGAUGGCGCCGGAACCCCCAUCUUUUCACCGUACCCAACAGGUUCUCUGCCCCGGCAGCGGCCUGUGCCAAGGCCACGGAACCGGCCCAGCAUCCCUCCCCCACCACAGCCUCCCACUUCAGGUGCAGGCACGGACACCAACGGCAUCUGUGGCUCUGCGUUCAAAAUGAUGGAUUCGGGGAUGACAUUCAAGGGGCUGAGCCGGGCUUACGUCCCUGACCUGUCUGGGGAGCAGCAGUCUCCGGGCUGCCAGCCCAAAGACGGCGAGCUCGACUCCGAGAGCACCGUCCUCUGAGAGGGAUCCGCCUUUGCUCUGGAGUGUCCCCAACCCUUGGCAUUCCCAGCACCCUAUCCCUCUCCUCCCCUCUGCCUGGCCCAACGGUUCGGUAACCCACUGCUGCUCUCCCCCCCCUCUAGUUACCAAAGUGUAUACCAACCUGCCAGCCUUCAGCUGCCAGCUGCUUUCCUCUUAAGUGCCCAAGCUUUAGACAAUCAAACUCCCAGAGGCCAAGGAGUACUGUGCCAGAGGAGCUUCAACUCUAGGAAACUGAGCGUCUUUACGAUGUAAAGGUGCCAGGUGAUGUUGAUGGAUUACAUGACAGUAAAAACAGUGCAACUGUACAUGUUUUUGAGAUUUCUUGAGAUACUAAAACCCCACAAGAGUUCUAAAAGCUAGGUGAUGGGUGGACUUUUUGUAGAGAACAUAAGAAAACAAUAUUUGUUUGAGGUAUGAACGUGUGUAUGUGUUUUGAUGUGUGGGGUUGAGUGUGAGGUUGUGUGUACAUUUGUGAUUGAAGUGCCCUUUGCUGACAUGAGAUGAUAAAAGAGGAACGUUUAGCAGGACAUAGGAGGGAGGUUUGGUUGAAACCCAAAGCACCGCUUAAAAAAAAAAAAAAGCAAACACAUAAAAAAAAUAUGUAGCUGGUGACUGCAGGUUUCCGGUCCAUUCAUAGACAUAAACUGACCCUUUUUUUUUACUGCUUUUGUAUGAGAACUGUCUCCUAUUUGCUCUAUUUAUUACCCAUCAACACAUUCCUGUGGCGAAAGGUUUUGUCUUUUUUUUUUUCUUUUUUUUCAAGAAGCCUUAUCAGUGCCUCCUUACAUAUUUACAGGGGCUAAUUCUGUUCAUUGGCUACGAUAUGUAUCAAUGCCAAGAUUUAAUUUCCUGCCUUUUCUUCUUCCCCUGUUUUUAUAUUCAUGGGGCAUUACUGUGACUGGUCAAGUAAACUGAAUGUGGUAUGGCAUACCAAUUGCUCCUCGAUCCAAGUACAAAAAAACUCUAAAAUACAUUGCAGUCGCACUUAUAGUCAUGUCAUAAGAGCUGUCUUACGGUUCCUGUGAAGGUCCAGGCAAUAUUAUCAGACAUUCUGAAAAGACCUUGGAGUAAAGUGGUGACGUGGUACUAAGAAUUUAUGGACCACAGAACUGUCAUCUUUUACUUUUUAUUCAGAACUUUUUGCUGUCUUUGAGUAAGGUCAUGAUCUUGUAAAGAAGCAUAGAUGGUACCUUUUCAGUGGCAAAACUGUGCUAUGUCGGUGAUACCUGAUGUCAAUGUUGUACUUACUUUCCAUGACUUAAAAGUUUAAACCAGCUUUUCUGCUACCUUGCUGCCUUAUGCCUCAACACUAAGGAACCCUUUUUUUAAACAGAAGUUUAGAGAAUACACUACACUUAUGAAACAGGAAUUGUUGAUGGUGCAUUUGAAACUCUUAUGUUAAAUACUACAAGGGACUGGUGAGCUCUGAAUGAAUCUGGAAAAAAAAGACUGCUUGGUAAUACUCAUUUUCAAUAAAAUGUUAAAUGGUUA